AUGUCCGCAUACCAACAAGAACGCUACAUUGCCGAACUCGCCGUCCAGCGCGCGACCAUCCUCACCCAAAAGGUCUUCCACGAAAAGGCCAAGGGCACCGUCUCUAAGGACGACAAAUCCCCCGUCACCAUUGGCGACUUCGGAGCCCAGGCCCUGAUCAUCCAGGCCAUCCGCAAGAACUUCCCCAAUGACGAGAUCGUCGCCGAGGAAGAGGCCAGCUCCCUCCGCGAGGACAAGGCGCUGAGCGCCGAGAUCUACAGAUUAAGCAAGGACAUCAAGCUGGAGGAUGCGGAAAGUGACAACCUGCUUGGCGGCCCAUUGCCCAGUGAAGAGGCAAUGCUCGACAUCAUCGACCAGGGCAAUAGCAAGGGUGGUGCAUCUGGUCGCAUCUGGGCGCUUGACCCCAUCGACGGUACUAAGGGCUUCCUCCGUGGCGGCCAGUAUGCGGUUUGUCUUGGUCUGAUGGUGGAUGGUGAUGUGAAGGUUGGUGCUAUUGGGUGCCCCAACCUGCCUGUUGAUGACGCCGCGGCGCUCUCUGCGAACAUUGGUGCCGACCAGGACGACGGCACUGGCAAAGGUGUGCUCUUCUCCGCCAUCCAGGGUCAGGGAUCUGCUAGCCGUCCUCUUGCCAACGGUGCGCUUUCUGAGAGCAAGCCUAUCUCCAUGCGACCUUUGGCGGAUAUCGCCCAGGCUACCUUCUGCGAGGGUGUGGAGGCCGCUCACUCCGCGCAGGGCGACAAUGCUGCUGUUGCUGAGCGCUUGGGUAUCAGCAACCCCAGUGUGCGCCUGGACUCACAGGCUAAAUACUGCUCUAUCGCCAGAGGUGCUGGUGACAUCUACCUGCGUCUCCCUGUGAAGAAGGACUAUCAGGAGAAGAUUUGGGAUCACGCUGCUGGUGAUCUGAUUGUCCGCGAGGCCGGUGGCCAGGUGACGGACAUCUACGGUAACCGCUUGGACUUCACCAAGGGCCGGACUCUUGCUGCCAACAAGGGUGUUGUUGCCGCCCCCAAGGCCUUCCAAGACCAGGUUAUUGAUGCCGUCAAGGUUGUUCUGAAGCUGUAA